AUGAAGAUAAAUGUAAGAAACAAAGAAGAAGGAGAAGAAGAAGAUGAUGAUGAUGAAGAAGAAGGAAAAUUUAAAGUGCAGUUAUUGGAAGAACUGCAUAACAAUAAGGAAAUUGAUGAAGAUUACGGCGAUGUCAAAGUGUAAGU